UGAGAAGGGAGAUACUGUGGUUUACUAACGUCACAUUACAGUAUUUCCUUCAUUGGACACAAUUGUGUCAAAAGCAUUUCACAUUUACAGGAACAUAGAACAGUUACACAGGCGACUGAUUCUUCUCUGUGAUUCAUCUUGCAUCUCGAUCAGUGAGAGUGAACCGAACUCUCCCCUUUAGUGGGAUAAUGGGAGUACUUGGGCAAAACUCCAGUGGAGGUGAUAUAAACAGCACCUGUGAAAUCCAUGACGGCUACUUGUCUCCUGCUCUACCCAUUCUCUACUCUAUCAUAUGCUUCUUGGGCCUGGUCAGCAACACCGUGUCCAUAUUUGUGGUUUUUCUGAGGAAGCACUCUGACUCAUCCAUGACGGUCUACAUGGGACACCUGGCCAUGGCGGACUUCCUGUUGGUGCUGUGUCUGCCACUGCGUGUCUACUACCACAACAGCGAGGGCCCCUUCUUCCUCUGCAAGUUGCUGGGCAUCUUCUUCUACAUGAACAUGUAUGCCAGCAUCUUCUUCCUCAGCCUGAUCAGUCUGGACCGUUACCUUAAGAUCAUCAAGCCUGUGUGGGUGAUGAAAAUCCACAGGGUGAAGUGGAGCCACCGGGCAUCCUUCUCAGUGUGGGUCACCCUGUUCCUGUGCAUGUCUCUGCUCUUCUUCGGGAACAAAAAGCAGCGUCCUUGUGACAGUAUCUGCUUCCACUUCCACCACAAAGACUUAAUGAGCGGGGUGGCCAACCUCAGUGCGGUAGCCCUCUUCGUUGUUAUCUUCCUCGUCUUCAUCUGCUUCUACACGAGGAUAACCACCAAGUUAAGGAACAUGUCGUUGGGUAACCAGGACACCAAGUCCCAGCGGAGGAAGAGCCGGCUCAUCCAAAAGACCUUUGUGGUGCCAGUGAUCUUCACUGUGUGCUUCCUGCCUUACCACCUGGUGAGAGUGCCCUACGUGCUGGCCCAGAUGGAUGUGAUCCCGGCCCUGGACAGUAAGCAGAUGCUCCACGUCCUCAAUGAGAUCACUCUGGUCCUGUCGGCCCUCAACAGUUGCCUAGACCCCAUCAUCUACUACUUCCUAUCCUGCACCUUCAGGAAGACCAUCCUCUGUGCCGUGCACGGGCAGUUUAAGAACUUAUACGCUGUCAACCACAGACGUAUCAGCAUUAACCCAUCAAUUACAGAGAUAUAGAGCUGUCUGGGGAAUACUUUCUUACAAAAUGAUUGAAAAAAUUAAUAUUCAAAAUGAUGUAACAAUUACAUUUGAAUAUUCAAAAUUCAGCCAAGAGAGAUCGUAACUGUAUAAUAAUGUAUAGUGUUGUAAAAUAUGCUUAAGAAAGCAUAUAAGGUCCUUCAUAAAUUCUGAAAGAUAUAUGUAAAUAUGAACUGUUUUUUGUUGAUGCUUGUUGAUUCAGAAGUUCUAGUAUCUGUAUGACAUGUAAUAUGCUGUAUGUUUGAAUGGUUCAAAGGUCAAUAUACAACUUGACCUUUAAAUGUCUUGUACAUAUGGAAUUCCCCAGCAUGAGUAUGCUGUUUCCAUUGAUGUCAGUCACCUAAACUCAUUUGAAUGUGUAA